AUGCUCUCCUCUACCGAUAGUCAGCCCUCGCCUGCAGUUAUAGAGCCUUCACAUCCUACUGAUGAGCAUACUGUUAACGAAGAGCGCUCUCGUGUCGAAGAGAAUGGUGCUGAAGAGCUUGCCUCUUCACUUGAACUAGGCAAGGAUCGUAAAACUUUCAUCGCCCUGGCGCAGAGAAAGUGCCUCCAGCUGGACUUGGAGUUCUCCGGCAAUCAAUUUGAAGGCAUGACCUGUUUUUUGGUAUGCUCGGUUAAUAAUCCGAAGCGGGAUUUGCGAGCUAUUGGCUAUGGCACGACAAAGCGAGAAGCAAAAGAAGAGGCUAUCAAAACGUUAAUUGAAAGGCUUCAAGAGACGGGAAUCUGGGAACAACUUGUGCUGCAGGACCAUGCCAGACUUACUGUCAACGACGAUUUGCUUUACAUGAUGCGCUUUGGGACUCAGAGCCUGAUUGAAGCCAACGAUAAUCUUCGAUCAUUCAUGACAAUCAAGGAGAAGCGACGCCGACUAUCGCAGAGAGAUAAAGAUGCACAAGACGUCUAUAAAACAAAGAGAUCUGAGGCACUAGCUGAAGCUCUUCGCAAGUUUCGCCAAUCCAAGGAUCCAAAGGUGGUGGCUAUUCAGUCCGCAGCGAGCAGCCUACCUGUAAACGAACACAAGGAAACGGUCCUAGAUCUUAUCAAGAACAACACGUACAGCAUCAUUGUUGCGGAGACUGGAUCGGGAAAGUCGACGCAAGUGCCUCAGAUGAUCUUAAACGACGCCAUUGAGGAGAGCUCUGGAGGCUACUGCAACGUGCUUUGCAUUCAACCGCGGCGCAUCGCAGCCCGUCUGCUGGCUCAACGGGUUGCUCAUGAAAGGCUUGAACACAUUGGCAAUACGGUGGGCUAUAUGAUUCGAUUUGGAAUCAAGCGGCCAGCCAAAGGUGGUAGUAUCACCUACUGCACCACUGGUCUCGCUUUGAACAUGUUGCAGGACGAUCCUGACUUACUCAACUCGUUCUCCCAUAUCAUUCUUGAUGAAGUCCAUGUUCGCGAUAUUGACAUUGAUUUCGUGAUGCUGCUAUUGAAGAACCACAUUAACAAGUGUCGAGCAGCCGGUACCCCCACGCCCAAGAUCGUGGUUAUGAGUGCAACGGUUGACGUUGACCUUUUCGCCUCCUACUUCCGUAAUUCGGGACCCGAUGGUGAAUUAUUACCUGCUCCACACGUUUCCAUUCCCGGACGUCAAUUCCAUGUGAAAUCACAUUAUCUCGAUGAAAUUCUCGACGACAUUACCAACAAACUUGUGAAGGAUGUUCUUGCGUGGUGUUUGAAAGAGCCGUCGACAGUCAAGUUCUUACAAAAUCACUACCGUAACUUUGCCUCCGAAGAUCUCGCCGAUGAAGCCGGCGAUGAUUUGGAUGCACCGUCAUCUCCAGAAGAAUCAAAUUCAGCAAUCUCUUUGUCACGUCCCACGAGCUUGAAGCGAGUGGACGAUGCCUCCCUUGUUCCAGCUGGGCUGAUUGCUGCCGUCACCCACUAUCUUCUGAGCACAAGGGACACCGGAUCUGUCUUGGUCUUCCUGCCUGGCCUCAGUCAAAUCAUUGCCGCUGAAUCCCAAAUCGUACAGGCCGCGGAAAUGCUGGGACUGGACUUUUCAGAUGAAGGCAAAUUCAGAAUCUUGAAAUUGCACAGUAGUCUUCCGGAAGAGCUCGCUAAACUGGAUGUCGACCCGCCCGAAGGUUGUCGACGAAUCCUCCUUGCAACUGAUAUCGCAGAGGCAUCUCUUACAAUCCCUGAUGUACGGUAUGUGAUUGACUCGGGCAAGGUGAAUCAACUGAUGUACGACCCUCGGACCCGAUCUCAUCAGAUGACUUGCAGCUGGGCAAGCCAGUCAAGUACCGUCCAGCGAGCUGGGCGGGCAGGUAGAGUCCAGGACGGGGAGUACUUCUUCCUUGGAAACAAGGAAUGCUUCGACUCGCUUCGUAUCACCAAGUCUCCCGAAAUCCUUCGAAGCGACCUUCAAUCGGUUUGCUUGCGAGCCAAACUGUCAAAUCCUACUACACCUAUCAACGAGUUUCUUCAGCAGGCCAUCGAGUCCCCAGAAGCUACCGACGUUGACAUGGCCAUCGAUUCUCUUAAGCAACUUCAAGCCCUGGAUGACGAGGAGGGUCUCACCAAUCUGGGCUCUCUAGUCAGUCAUAUGCCUAUCCUACCUCCGUACCUUGCCAAGUUGGUCGUUCUAGGCGCUAUUUUCCAGUGCCUGGAUCCUCUCCUGAUCCUGGCAACACUGGGACAAGAAUCGAAUUUCUUCUAUCGGGGCAAUGACGAGAAGCAACGAGUCCAGGCCUGGAAUGACCAAGCAGCGUUUGCAGGGCAGAGUUCCAGCGAUCAUUUCAGCAUUAUCAAUGCUUUCAAGGCUGUUCGCUCUGAAUGGAUCGAGCAUGGCUGGCGAGCUGCUCAAAGAUUCGCAUACUCGAAGAAUGUCUAUCUCCCCGUCUAUCGGGAGGCUUUCCUCACGUCUAACCAGAUCCUGCGCCAGCUGGAACAAGCACAGGUCAUCAACAAAUGGCUGUCGUUCGGCAAGGACCCCGAAGGCCGAUUUGGUGGGCCAAAAUUAAAUGUCAAUUCGAAUCAUGUGCCUCUCAUCAAAGCGUUGUUGCUUCACUGUCUCUACCCCCGGCUUGCUGCACCGAGGCCGGAUUCCAAUACCGCAUUUACAACUCAGACCGAGAAAAAGGCAGUUCUGCACACGGGAAGCAUGACCAAGAAUGGCAAGCAGCCGCCACGAGCUCUGCUGGUUUUCAAUCACAAGUUCUUGUGGGGAAACCCGCCGAAGAUCACGGCUUUGAAAGAGGCUUCUAUCGUGACUCCGCUCGCAGCGUGCCUCUUUGGUGGCAAACUGGCAGGACAGCGCUCUUCCAUCGUCAUGGACUCGUGGAUGCGGACUGGUAUCCAAGUCACUGACAGCCCAGCUACGCCAAACGAAGUGAUCAACGAUGUGGUCGAGUUGAACAAAGUCCUUAACAAGGCCUUGACCACGACGUUCGAUGCCUACCAAAGCGAUUUUCAAAUGAUGCAAAUAAAGAAGAAAAAGGGAAAUUUCUUCAAGACCCGUAACCAAUUCGUGGCGACCUUGCAGCAAACCAUCAAAGACGUCCUGGACCGCGACUGUAACCCGGCUCGAGCAUCCACGCCUGCUGCGUGGAAUGAGCAUGACGUUAUUCUCAAUGCGCGAUCCCCGCUCACCGCCUUAGAUAUCUUUAUCGCCAAAAAAGUUCAAGCUCAAGUCCAACUCCCACUUUACGCCAACAACGCAAAGAAGCAUAAACCACAGGGAAUGGCUCUCUCCAAAAGCGAGUCCGACAUCAUCCUAAACCGGGCAAAUGUCGCUCUAGCCCGCAGCCAGCGCCUCGUUGCUUCAUGGCUCCCCGACCGAUCCGCCGACGAACUCGCAAACGCCAAGUCCGAAGAGGAGAUACAACGCGAGGAAGAUGAGAUUUUCACAGCUGUACCUGAGACUCUCGGCGUCGGCGCCCCCCUCCCCGAAAAAGCAGCCGACGGAAGCUGGAACCGCACGGAGUUAAGCUCGAACGAUCAAUUACGGAAACAACUUCUUGGGAGGAACUAUGAUAAAUUUAUGAAGGCGAAUGCUGCAGCUAAACAAGCGUCUGCUGCUGCUAAGAGUGCGGCGGCGGCGUCAGCGGGGAAGACUGGCCCCGGUGCUUCUGGUGCUGCGGCUGCCAAUGAGGAAGAUGAUCAGGAUGAUGAUGAGGAGGGGAGGGUUUCUAUGGUUGGGAAGAAGAAUAAGAAGAGGAGGGUUGGUCAGGAUCGUACUGUGUCUGGUGGGACUCCUGUGCCUGCGUCUGCAGAGGGGAAUGUUGAAGAUGCAGCUGAGAAGACGGAAAAUGGAACGGUCGAGACCGAGGGAGCUGUCAAGGCGAAACCGGCGCCGGCUAAGGGGAGGAAGAAGGCUACUAGCUACUUGGAUGAGUUGUUGGCUGAGCGGUCGAAGAAGAGGAAGAAGCGGUGA